GUUACCAUAGUGCAUUCACCCCCACUCUGUCGAUGUCUCAGAAGGUUUUGUAUUUGCAGAGCAAGCAAGGCGCCUUUGCGGUCGGAGCAAAUAAGAUACCUCACCCCGGCCAUGGCGAGGUGCUCCUGAGAGUCACCGCCGCUGCGCUGAACCCAAUCGACUGGAAGGUCCAGGCCUACGGUGUUAUAGUCAACAGGUAUCCCGCGAUACUUGGUAUGGACGCGGCAGGUACCGUGGAGGAGGUGGGCGCCGGAGUGACGGGUCUUGCAAAGGGAGACAGGGUGAUCACCCACACCCAAUACGAGAACAAGCACGCGGCGUUCCAGCAGUACGUUUUAGCUGUUGCCGACUUUACAGCGAAGAUACCAGCUGAGGUGUCAGAUGACGAGGGCGCUUCUAUCCCCCUCGGCUUGGACACCGCGGUGAUCGGCCUGUUUGGAUCACAGUAUGCUGGCCUGGUUGCGCCGUGGGAUCAACCUGGAAAGUACGGAGGGCAGACCAUCGUUAUCUUGGGAGGUUCUUCGUCCGUGGGGGCAUAUGCAAUCCAGGCCGCGCGGUUGGCUGGGUUUUCAACAAUCAUCGCUACUGCCUCCCUUCGUCACGAAGAAUAUCUAGAGGACCUUGGCGCAACGCACGUCGUUGAUAGGCAGCUCUCCCCAAGCGACAUCAAGAUUGAAGUCGAGAGUAUCACGAGUAGCCCUGUGAAGACUGUUUACGACGCAAUUUCUACGAAAGAGACGCAGGAGACCGGAUGGCUUUUACUUGCGCAAGGGGGUAAGAUGGUCGUAACGCUCGGUGCGCUGGUACAGCCAGGAACGGGAGACACGCGUCAGGUCCUGCAAGUCUCUGGGGUGCCGUAUGCCCCGCAGAACAGGGAUUUCAGCCGGGUAUUUUGGAGACAUCUUGAAGUGUAUUUGGAGGACGGAGACAUCUUGCCCAAUAAUAUAGAAGUUCUUCCGGAUGGUCUGAGAGGUAUCGCCGAAGGCUUAGAGCGGCUGCAGAGAAACGAGGUCAGCGGGGCUAAGCUUGUAGCUAGACCCCAGGAGACUCUCUGAAGUGACAGUCCGUGUAGACUCGGAGAGCUUGUACUGAAGCGAGAACAGUCGGUUCUGUAAAUUUUCUCGGGAGUCAGCGGUGUCAAUAUUGCACCUUUGAUCACCGGAAUCUGCAAAGCAGAAUGGAAUAGAUAAGUGCCAGAAAAAUGAAAC